GCACUGGGUCGCGUUUCUCUCCAGUGCCUGAGGCGGCCGGGGCUCCCAGAGCCGUCUGUCAGCUCCACGGGGACCUCUGUGCACGGAUGGACCCGCCCGGACCCGGCGGGAAGCGGCCUGGCAGGCGGCGGCCCCGGUGGCGUCAGCAAAGGCAGGGCAGGGCCAAAGCAGCGGGCCCCUGAGGCGCGCGGGCCCAGCAGGCCCGGAGGCUGCACCAUGAUGCCGGGGGAGACCCGCUCGGCGGCGCCCGGGACGGCCGCGGAGCUCGCGCGGUGUCAGGGCUGCGCGUCCCUGCAGCAGAAUUUAAACGAGUAUGUUGAUGCAUUAAUUACAUUGAAACAAAAAAUUAUUAAUACAGAUAAUUUGUUAACAGAAUAUCAGAAGAAAUGUGAUGAGCUACAGUUUGCAAGAAGAGAGAAUAGUACUCUGCAUCACCAAGUGGAACAGAUGCUUCAAAAAAUUUCUCCUCUGCAGAAAUGUCAGGAAGAACUGGGAUCUUUGAAAGCAGAGCUGGAAGAGAAAAAGAGCUCUCUUAAAUUGUAUCAGGAUACCCAUCAGGAGAUAUGCUCGUGUAAAGAGAAGAAUGCCUUGAAAAGUGAUGCUCAGAAGAAAAAAUUGGAAGCCAAGGUGAAAAAGCUGGAAGAGGCUGCCGUCAAGCAAAUUCAGGACUUCAAGCAACUGAGGAAUGAAAAGAAAGUACUGGAAAAGGAAUUUAAGAAGACACAGGAAAGGCUUGAUGAGUUUUCUAAACAGAAAGAUGAAAAGGAGUUGAGACAUAUUGGAACACAAAUUUCAAGUGAUUCAUAUGGAAGCAUAGAUAAAAGGAAAGUAAAACUGCUUCUGAAGGAACUCUGGCUCUGUAUAAAUACAACACACAGACUACCAGGGGAAGGCAGUAAAUGCAUCCAAGAUAUUUCCACAGAAAAAUCUGCCAAAGAAAACACCCAAUCCAGAGAGUCCAUGGAAGAUUGUGUGCUACCUCCAAAACAGUGCAGUCCUCUCAGAACUUCAGAAGUGCAGACAUGCUUAGCAAAAUUGUCCAUGGAGAUAGAUGCUGAUUGUUCUUCGUGUAGAGAUGUGGAAAAAGAGAGGCCCAGUGUAGCAAGUCAUAGUAAGGACCACAUGUUUAACGAACGUAAGAAUCCUGAGGUUUUCAUGCAAGGUAAUACUGGUGAUGAUAGUACUGACUUUUCUGAGCACAAGAAUUUUUUGGAUGACGAUCUUCAAGCUGCAAUUGACUUCUUCAAGCUCCCCCCUCCUCUUCUGUCUCCGGUACCAUCACCCCCUCUGAUGUCAUUACCACACCUGAGUCCAUUACGGUCUUCGCUUACACCUGAAACCUUUUUUGGAGAAUAUACAGAUUCCAGUGAUGAUGACUCGGCUCAGCAUAAAACUUCUGCUGAAUCUAUUUUAGAAGACGAUAUAAUGGAACCACCUAACUAUUUUGGCUUAUCCAGAAGCAACGAAAGGGGCACACUGGAUGAGCAGCCCAAACCCCCUGAAGCCACCCAUGUGACCACUGCUGCAUUUGAGACUUCAACAGCAACAUGGAGGAAGCCCUCAACCACGUACUCAUUAGCUAGUGAACAGCACUUGGCAGCAUCCUCUGAAUUCAUCAGUGAUAAACCAAGAGACAUUUUCAAUGAUGCAAAAAGACAAAUAGAGGUUAGGGAAAUGGAUAAGUCUUUGCAAACUGAGAAAGCAGUUCCUAAACCCUCUAGAACUCGGUGCCUUGAGAUGUUAUCUGGCGACCUGGCACACGAGAAGGACGCUGCAGUUAGGAAGUCAGGGUUAUGUUAUUCUCCCCUUAGCAAGAGGCCCCUGAGUGAACUCGUUGAAUCUGAAGAAGAAAGCCUAUUAUCCAAAAUGAUAGAAUCACCCAAAUCAGAGUUAACUAAGCGGACACUUAGAAAUGAAACCACUUCUGAAUCAGAGUGUAGACAGACAGUUUCUGACUGUUUCCAAGGAGUAUCUGGAGAAAUGGAAAAGGAAAGAGGAGAUAUGCAAAGGUUCUUUUUAGGAGAAUCACCUGAACCAGAAGAAGAAAGUGCAAGUGAUGUAGCGGAUGCAGCAGGGCUCACUGCUGAGGCCAGGUCUUCCUCUGCAUCCUCAGUGGCCUUUUCUGGGUGCAGGAAUCGCCAGUCUGCCGCUUGGUGGGAGUGUGAUAGUGACACACGUCUUACAACUAAAGCAGCCCUUACUGAACUGUCUCCCUCAGGAAAACAUUUACAAAUUAAAACGUUGAAUACCUUAGAGUCACAGUCUGAGCCACCAGAGUGUUCUAGAGGACAAAACAGUCUGGAGCCUGGCUUACAUGCUUUGAGCCCUGAAUUGGUUGCAUCUAAUUUUAACGCUCAGACUAGCAGUGAGAAAGAAUGUACAAAAAUUGUAAAAGGUAUGACCAAGGUAUAUUCACUUCCUCAGUCAGUAUUUAUGAAAGUUACAAAAGAUGGACAAUGUGAAAGUGAAGAUCCGAAACUUGAGCUCACACUAAAUAAGCCAGAUUAUACCUCUGUAAUCAAUUCUCAGGGUGGCCUGAUCAAGAGUGCAUUUGGUUUUGUUAAAAGCACUUCAUGGCACCAUAGUGACUUAUUAAGGCAAGAUGGCGACGAACAUCUGAGAGCUACAUCAGAGCAUGAACAAGACACUGGCCUUCAGUGUAAAAAGGCAGCAACAUCCUUAGGAAAUAGAGGAUCAGCAUCUAAACUUGAACUUCCUAGAGAAAAUAACAGUCCUUUAGAAUUCAAGGCUGCGUCGUUGUCUAAUCAGGUAUCGGUUAUCACAAAGCAGGUGAAACCUGAAAAGAUUCAGAGUGGUAGGUCGGAGCAUUUCAAACUACAUAGGAGUGAGCCUGGUUCAGCAACAGAAAAUAUUAAUGGAAAGGGUCCCUUGUCAUCUAUAUCAACAAGUGCUGGAGAAAGAGAGGAUAAAACACAAAAAGUGAAAGAAGUGACCACUAUGAAGAGGGCACCACUAGAAGUUUCUACCUCUUGGAGAAAAUUAGACUUGGCUUCUCUGAGUGGGUCUUUACCAGUAGGAAAUUCUCACUGUUCCACAGAUAGUAAAUUGUCUUUCUCUUCUGAAAACACCCCAGUCCAAAAGCAAGGCAAUGUGAAGGGAGCUUCUGUACAGGAGGAACCACAGAAGCAGAGUCAGUUCCCCAGUGCCACAGCUCCAGGCUUGUUUGGCGUGGAUGUCAAUAAACUCCUUCCAGCCCCAGAAGUGCCAGUGUCGGAAGGUGUUCCCAUUGGAGAAUUACCCUGUGGAGACAACAUGGGGUCUGGUAGUGAGGCCCCGGCUAUUUCAAAUGAUACUCCUAGUGUACAGCAAAAUUCUGAUGAACCUCUGAAGCUGAAAUCUAAAACCCCUGGUGGUGCUUGUCCUCAGUUUUUUGUCACCACAGGUACUGCUUUUUCUUCAGUGUUUUCCAGAAAAGAUGAAGAGACACAUGAUGUUACCCAGAGCAAAGUUCCUGAUACGUUAUACUGCUACACAGACAUUCGAGAGGGCCAAAAUAAUGACACUGAAGGAGAGGAGACUGAGCCGUUGAGCUCCAGUGAGGGUGAAAAUGAGAACGAGAACAUUAUGGGGAAUGAACAACAGGAUGUUACCAAUGAAUCACUAAAAGAUUUAGGAGAUUCAGAUGCUGGUGUAUCCGAGACAGGACCUUCCAUAGAGGUAGGUUUUUUGACCUCAGCUCUGCAAGAUUUUAACAUAAGUACUUUUUCUGAUUUAGACAGACUUUCUACAUCUGAGGUAGUUAUGUUUCUUGAAAGUUGUCAGUUAAGGGAUUAUAGUUCAGCAGACUCUGUUUCAGAAUGUUCUAGCAAAGGAGCCCUAUAUAAAGAAAUGAACAAAGAGCUAAAGCAAAGUGAAACUUCAGGAGAAGAACACAGGAAGCAAUCCUGUGAAGAAGAAACACUUGAAACCUCCGAAGACUCAGUUGAAUCAGAAGAUGAUGAUUAUCUUCUAAGAAAUACAAGUCAGCUUACUCAGUGUUCUUUGGAAACACUGUCUAAGGUUCUUACUGAUAUUGGGCCAGAACUUCAAACAAAUUAUGAGGAUUCCGAUGGUAAAGAUACUAGCAAUUUAUUACUCAUAAAUAUACAUAACAGUGAAACAACUGAACAUUUAAAAGAGCAGGUACCACCUCUUGAAACAGUAAACUCAUCACACACUUCAGAACUACCCCUUCUAAUAGCAGACUUAAGCCCUGAAAACAGUUCUCCUGUUAGCGAUGGAUUUAAUAAUAAGGACAUUCAGAGCAUACCGAAGGAUGUCGCCGACGCAGCCAGGCAAGGAGAUGUUGGGGAAGAACUGGCAGCAUCUGCUCAGCCUUCACCCCCACACUCUAACUCAGCAGCAGAGCCAGCGACUGAGCAGAGUCCUAACUGUGAAGCUGAAGCUACAUUUCAGUGUCAGAUAGCUACCGUGACUUCAGAAGUUAUAAAUGUGCUUAUAAAUAAGGAUCAGAAUCUGGUCAUUGAAAAGGGGGACAACUGGACCAUCAUCAAUGGUGUGGCUGUCAUGCCAGGUGUGGACCAGGUUAUCCUGUGUGGCACUCCUGAGGAUAUCCCUGUUUCUCAGGACCAAGAAGGACGCGGAGCUGGUUUCAUGUCAGUUUCUUCUGCCGAGAAGGCCCCGGAGGGUGAUCAGGCUGGCUCUCCAUUUCAGGAACCUCAGGGUGGCAUUUCUCUCUCCUGUGCUCAGGAGGAUAUUUUGACCAGCAGUCAAAGUACCAACUUUGAUAAAAGUCGUUUGCGCAAUAGACCUGUUAAACCUAGUGUACGAAUUAGUUCUCAAAUAUAUCAUCAAAAUUUCGAGUCUCAGAUUGUGUCUGAUCACACAUAUUAUAACUCGAAACUAGAACCAUUUGGUAAAAAUAAGAAUCGAUCAAAAAUUUCAAACAAAGAUCAGUCAAAUAAACCAGUAAAGGCUUUAGCAUCAAGCAGAGUUGAAACUAAUCAGAAUGAAGUUUCUCCAUCUUUUUCAGGGGAAAGAGGGAAUCCGAAAACUCAGAGAAGUCAAACUCAAACCAUUCUAGCAAAUGCUGAUACAUCGACUCCCACAGAUUGUUCUUCUGAUACUCUAAGUAAAAUACGGCAAGAGGUGGGCCCUCCUCUGCCUCCUUUGCUUGCCCCUCUGAUAGCUACGCCCCCGCGGACUGUGCAGCUGGCCUCUCCUCUGAUCUCAAGUUGCAGUCCGUCCUCCCCUGCCUCUCCUGCUGGCCACAUCUCUCCAGUGUGCGAAAUGCCAGUGCCUCCUCCCAUGUCUCCAUUGCCAGAUGGGCUAGGGCAGCCUUCCCCACUGUGUGCAUCCUCAUCUCCGUCUGCUGCCUCCAUUGGGGAGAGGGUGCUGUCGUCUCCUCUGCAGUUUUGUGCUGCGACGCCAAAGCAUGCACUCCCUGUGCCCGGCAGACUGCCCCCGUUGGCCUCUGGCCACACCACUGUGGCGGGGCCCCAGGAGAACUCUGUGAAAAUCCUUGAUUCCAUGUAUCCAGAGUUAUCUGCCAGAGCUCGAACCCUCAGCAUCCUCAAAGGGAAUCUUCACCUGAAAAGAGGGCCAACUGCUGACUGUGCGAAUUUACAAGGACCUGUCAGUGCUAUCACAGGGUUCAAAGGGAUCACUUCAACAUCAACUGCUUUUGUUAAAACAGGGGUCAGCUCUGGCAAUGACUGUAACCAAGAUAAGUCAGGAGAAUUGAGGACUCACCAGGAUUCAGGUGGGAAAAGGACAUUGUCAGCAUCUACAAUGAGGAGUGCUAAAAGGUUACGGCUAGACACGGAGUCCCCAGAAUUGGAAACCAGGGAAGCCGCUAUAGAAGGCAUCAACCAAAGCCCCCAAAGCAACAUUCCUCAAGCUGAAGCAGUAACAACAAAUGAGGAAAGAAGUUCUUUUGUUCCAGCUGUCAAAACAAUGUUACAAUUGCCUUUAAACCCGAAAGAAACUGUAGAGUCCCAUGACAAAGCCAUAGCCAAUGCACUAAAGAAAAUGGCCGAUUCGUCUUUUGACUUGUUACCCGUCAUUCGUAGUCAUGUGUAUGUGGGAAAUAUCUCCAAAAAGCCUGUAAUGAGAGAUCAAGAGAAAGAAGUUGUUUAUGAAUUUAGCACAACAAAAAAGCAUUUAGCAGAAUGCUUGCUUCACUCUAUUCUCUCAGAACUAAAAAUUCAGAAGGUAUCUAUGGACCACAGUUACAUUCAUGCCCUCUGCAGGGUCUAUGUGGGUAUUUGUCGGCAACUUGGAGACUUGGAAAGAGCACGCUUGUUUUGCUACAGUAUACUCAAGGAAGAUUUUCCAGAGUCUGAAAAAUUGACUUUAUUUAUUGCAAACAUGUGGCAUGAUAUAUUUAUCUCUCAGUCGGUGAUUAAUAAAGCAAUGCAGUUAGUUGCCAGGCAACGUGCUAAAGGAGAGGUUCUAAACUGUCUGAGAGCUUUUCUCAAUUGGGAAAAGAAUGCUCCAGUAGAUGUUGGCUUUAUGGUUUCAAAACUGCUUUUGACAAUACAGUUAUGUCCAAAAACAGAAUUUCAGUCCAGUGAAAAAUUUGGUGAAGACUUAAGUGAUAACACUUGGGAAUACAUAUUUGCCAUUGAUCUGCUCUGCUGUCAUCAGAAAUGGAUUUGGACCCAUGAUAACAUCAUAAGUAAGGAACUGUGGCCUGUAAUGGACAAGUGGAUAAAAUACAGAAAGGGACAUGCCGACAUCGCUUGUACUCCUGAUAUUAUCAUAGCAUCAACCCUGAGGCUCAUUGGUCGUUUAGGACAGUUGGGAUUGAAGGAAGGCUUUCCGUCUGCUGUGAAAAAUAUCAGUUCGGUUAUUGGUAUGUUCAUACAGCAUGCUCAAGAAGAAGAUAUACCGUGGGGUAUACAGUUAGCAGCCGUAUACGCUCUUUGUGACUUGAGUCCCAGCAAUCCAACAGAAAUAUCCAAGAUCCUGGAAGCUUGGCGGAAAGAGACUUCUAAUAGUGUUCCGUCUGUGAUCGUCAGCUACCUGGAAGAAGCCAGUUCACUGGGUGUGGAGGAACUCAGCUAAGCCCCUGGCGUGUUGCGGUGCCUAGAGAAGUGCCUUCCCAGAUUUCACAAUGUUAACUAAGGUUUAAAAAUGAAAAAAAACAUGAAGUAGAUAAAACAAACAGAGGCUUUCCUCACAGUACGGUAAGGAGACAAGGAGAAACCAGCGAUUUCGUAGCUGUUUUCCCCUGAACCACAUACAUUUCACCCAAGGCAGUUAUAUUCAUGUGACAUAUAGAUUGUAUGACUGUGUCAUGGUCAAACAACAAAAACUUGAACUUAGCCCUUUUUUUGCUGCAGAAAAUUUCCUUUUAGUGGCUUUUUAAAAAUUGAACUUAUCAGUAUAAAAAUAUGAUUUGAUUCCUGAAAUAUUUUUAGACUCUGUACUCAAAUGACUGGCUAGGCAAAAGUGAAUCAGCUGAAGAGAACUGGGAGAGUGUUCCACUGUCUUAGCUGGAAAUGGGCUACACAACUUUGUCUCGAGGUUUAGUGGGUAAUUGGUCAGAGUACAACAUGGAGAGCCUUUAACAGAAACUCCCUCUAACGCGUUUUCUUCAUAUCUCUAAAGUUCCUUAAAAAUAUUUAACUCUGUAAUGGGGAAAGGACACCUGAAGAGUAGAAAUUGAGUUGCAGGUUUUGGUAUCAAUUCCAUGUGUAUAAAAGAUUCAGAGACGACAGGCAGGCAGGUCCCCGUGUGUGCCAUGCACAUGGGGGCAGUGCUACAAUGUGCUUCACAUUCGAGGAUGUUCCACUUUCGGAAUUUUAGUAUUUGUAUAUAGAAAAUGGGUUUAUUAACUCACCGUGGUUCUGAUUUGUCUUAUAUUCAUUCUUUCUUAAAUCUCUUGUAUGUGUUUUUUAUAAUAAAAAAAUAAAAGUAA